GGACGCCCGGGCUGCGGGACGCGGGGACGGCGACGGCCGAGCGCGCGAGGCGAGUAUUGAGAAACAGAGAAUUGAGGACAGAGACGUGGAUAAACAGGGAGAGAAGUGGAGAGACACAGAGACAGAAACCUGGAGAGAUGCAGAGAGACUAAGCAAGAGACGUAAGAGACUUGGAGACUAGGAAGAGCACAGCUGGCCUGGAGUCCCAGUCCUGCCUUCAUGCCCAGCAGAUAAGCCUUGCCUGUGCUGCAGGCAGUCUGACUCUGAGCCCCCCAACUGACUCUUGAGGAGCGUCUGCAGACCAGAGGAUGGCCCAAGUUUUACAUGUGCCAGCCCCCUUCCCAGGGACCUCUGGCCCAGCCUCCCCACCUGCCUUCCCUGCAAAGGAGCACGACCCUCCCUACUCUGUGGAGACGCCCUAUGGCUACCGCCUCGACCUGGACUUCCUCAAGUACGUGGAUGACAUCGAGAAGGGCCACACACUGCGGCGUGUGGCUGUGCAGCGUCGGCCCCGCCUGGGCUCACUGCCCCGAGGCCCAGGCUCCUGGUGGACAUCCACCGAGUCGCUAUGCUCCAAUGCCAGUGGGGACAGCCGCCACUCUGCCUACUCCUACUGCGGCCGUGGCUUCUACCCACAGUAUGGCGCCCUGGAGACCCGUGGUGGUGGCUUCAAUCCGCGUGUGGAGCGCACACUACUGGAUGCUCGUCGCCGCCUGGAGGACCAGGCGGCGGCACCCACCAGCCUGGGGUCCCUGACCCCCAGCGCAGCAGGCUCAACGAGCUCACUGGUGGGUGUAGGGCUGCCUCCUCCGACACCACGGGGUUCGGGACUGUCCACACCAGUGCCGCCCAGCGCUGGGCACCUGGCCCACGUUCGGGAGCAGAUGGCAGGUGCCCUACGGAAGCUUCGGCAGCUGGAGGAACAGGUGAAGCUGAUCCCUGUGCUCCAGGUGAAGCUGUCGGUGCUGCAGGAGGAGAAGAGGCAGCUCACUGUACAGCUCAAGAGCCAAAAAUUCCUGGGCCACCCCUCUGGGGCUCGGGGCCGCAAUGAGCUCUCCUUGGACCUCCCUGACCCCCCUGAGGACCCGAUGGCACUUGAAACCCGGAGUGUGGGCACCUGGGUCCGUGAGCGGGACUUGGGCAUGCCUGAUGGAGAGGCAGCCCUUGCUGCCAAGGUUGCUGUGCUGGAGACCCAGCUCAAGAAAGCACUCCAGGAGCUGCAAGCAGCUCAGGCCCAGCAGGCCAAUCUGCAGCCCCAGGCUUGGCCACCGCCAGACGGCCCAGUCCGAGUGGACACUGUCCGGGUGGUGGAGGGGCCGAGGGAGGUAGAAGUGGCAGCCAGCAUAGCUGCUGGGGCCCCUGCACAACGGGCCCAGAAUCUGGAGUCCUACGGGGCAGGGCUGCGGGCCCUAGCAACAUCAGGAGGGGCCGAAAGCCCUACUGUGUUCCGAAGCCAUGAAGUAGUGGAGACGGCAUUCCCAACAUCCACCGUGUCCACUGGCAACAUCCACCUGGUAAAGAAGAUCAGUAUCACGGAGCGUGGCUGCAGUGCAGCAACAGGUUUCCCGCAGUCUCCUGUAGAGUUGGCCUCAUCAACCCCAGAGUCUACAGCAUCCUCGUCGGCUCAGCCAGAAAAGAACGUAGGGCAGUUGCCCACCAGUGAUGCCACCAACAGGGAGCCCACUAGGCAAGCAGCCUCAUGCGAGUUGGAAGUGACAGGGGGUACAGCAUGCAGGCCCCAGACAGGGGUGCGGUCCAUCAUGAAGAGGAAAGAGGAGCCCGCAGACCCUGCAGUCCGCAGGAGGAGCCUCCAGUUCGUGGGGGUCAAUGGCGGAUAUGAGUCCUCUUCUGAGGACUCCAGCACAGCAGAGAACUUCUCAGACAACGAGAGCACAGAGAAUGAGGCCCCAGAGCCAGAAGACAGGGUUUCAAGUGUGGCUGAAGUCCCCCUCAGGCCUUCUGGGACAACAGUGGCCAAGACCAGCCAGCAGGAGUGCCAACUAUCUCCGGAGUCAAAGCAGGUGUCCACAACUGAGGGAGCAUCGGCAUCAAAUGCAGAGGAGGAGAUCCGGAUGGAGCUAAGCCCAGACCUUGUCUCAGCUUGCCUGUCCCUGGAAAAGUACCUGGACAAUCCCAACGCUCUUACUGAGAGGGAGCUGAAAGUGGCCUACACUACAGUGCUACAGGAGUGGCUGCGCCUGGCCUGCCGCAGCGACGCCCACCCCGAACUCGUGCGGCGCCACCUUGUCACGUUCAGGGCCAUGUCGGUGCGGCUGCUGGACUACGUGGUCAACAUCGCCGACAGUAAUGGCAACACGGCGCUGCACUACUCCGUGUCUCACGCCAACUUCCCUGUGGUGCGGCAGCUGCUGGACAGCGGUGUCUGCCAGGUGGACAAGCAAAACCGUGCUGGCUACAGCCCCAUCAUGCUCACCGCCCUGGCCACCCUGAGAACCCAGGAUGACAUUGAGACUGUCCUACAGCUCUUCCGACUUGGAGAUGUCAAUGCCAAAGCCAGCCAGGCAGGGCAGACAGCCCUGAUGCUGGCAGUCAGCCACGGGCGGGUGGACGUGGUCAAAGCGCUGCUGGCCUGUGAGGCAGACGUCAAUGUACAGGAUGAUGACGGCUCCACUGCCCUCAUGUGCGCCUGUGAACACGGCCACAAGGAGAUCACAGGGCUGCUGCUGGCCGUACCCAGUUGCAACAUCUCGCUCACUGAUCAUGACGGGAGCACCGCUUUGAUGGUGGCCUUGGACGCAGGGCAGAGUGAGAUUGCGUCCAUGCUGUAUUCCCACAUGAACAUCAAGUGCUCGUUCGCCCCGAUGUCAGAUGAUGAAAGUCCUGCAUCAUCCUUCACGGAAGAGUAGCUGUAAGGGUCCUUCCUUGGGGCUAUCCAGCCCCGGAGUGAAAGGUCCCUCAUCUCCUCCCUGGCUACCCCCUAUUCUUACCCACCAUGACCCAAGUCUCCAAGGCAAGUCUCAAAGUCUGGAGGGAGCCUCAACAGCAACAAGACUCCAGCUUAAAGUGGGUUUUCCUGGUAACCCAGUUCAAAGCAGCCGCAACGCAGACCAAAGCUAAAUUCUUGUAUAAAUUGGCGCCAGUGGCUGAUGCUGAGGCGUGGGUUUAUGAAGAACAUUGAGAACAAUCAACUGGCAAUUAUGGAUGGAGGAGGGUGAAAGGGAAAAAUAUCGUAUUUUUGAAUCACUGGGGGAGGGAGGGGGAAAAUCAUAUUGUUUGUUGCCCAAUUUGAAAGUCACUGGAACUGCAUAUUUUCAUUUUAAUGCUGAAUGUUAUUAUGUAUGGAUGGCAUCUCAAGUGGCUUAGAGCUCCCCUCACCCCCUACAUUUAAUUGUCUGGUAUAUAAUAGUGUUUUGUCCACUCCCCCCAUCAGCUUUCUUGGGGGAAUUUUCUUCUGGUCUCUUUACAAAACAGAUUCUGUCCUCAUCACCCAGGGCAGGAAACUCUAUCCUUUCUUCUGUCUCCUCGCUGGCCAUUUGCCAGUGUUGCUCCCAUUCAGGUGGACCCAGUAGUUGAGAUGCAUGAGCCAAGAUGUGUGAGCAGUUCACAUGGAGAAACUACCCAGAAAUCUAUCCCCUCCCCUCACGGAGGCCCUGGCAAAUAGUAAUUUUCCUAGAAAAUCCUUCAGACCUCAAGACACAGGAAAUUAAUCUUGUUCCCAGAGUGGCUGCUAUGUACCUAUGCUUAGAACCCCGGUAACAGGACCAUCCUCUACCAGCCUAGAUUUCAGAAUUUCUCUUCUCAAAGAAAAGAAAACAGGGCAUGUGCUUGUUGGCAAAGCACAGGGCGAGUUCCAAAAACCCAUGUGUGCACGAUUAAAAGUUGGCUGCCCCCGAGGACUCCCCAGCACAAACUUAAAGAGACAGGGCUUUGCCGAAGACCAAAUAAGGCCCAGCUGCUUUUUUUAACAACCUGGAACGGAGCCUGCUGGAAGAGGCUCGCUAGACAAACACAGUUUCCUUCAUGGUCUGUUCUGUCCCCGGAAUCUCAACUUAGUUUUCUUUCCUCUUCCUUCCUUUUGUGGACAAAAAAAGGGAGCGUUUCCAUUUCAAAAAAUGCCUGGGUGGG